UUGAGUUUGCAAAUUUUUGUGGUGGUAAAGCAGGUAAGCUUUUUUCGGUAUUAAAAACAUUUUAAAAAGAUUUUUGCAAAUAAAGUACUCCAGCGCUUAACUCUACCAAGAUUAAUGAAAGUUCUCAGCUAAAGUCGUUGCACACUCAUCGGCAGUGAAUAAUUUUCGCUCAGGCGUCAACAUAAUGGAAAUUCCUAACUUACUUUACGGUUCUUUACGGAACAGUUAUGUGAUAGUGGCGUUCUUCGCAUUGGUUUCAGGGUAUCAUUCUCCGAACGCAGAAAAGCUUACCACUUCAUCCAGCAAGGGUUCGCCGUGGUCGUCCAACAACGGCAAUGUCCAAUGGAUGUCCAUGCAAAACUCCCCCUUUCCGGUAAUCGCCGCGCCGAUGCGCACCCUGAGAAUCUUCUGCUGGCCGGGCACACGACGCACCAUGCAGUCGUUAUUCUACAGCGCCUACUUCAAGCUGGACAUCGAAGAUGAAGCCUUCCAUCUGUACCGUGGAGCGUCCUCCGAAGAAGUGGAAAAACAGUACAAAUCCGCAUCACGCUGGUUCACGCUGCUGCCCUGGCGGGAUCGCAGCAUCCGUCUGAACCCAUUUACAUCGACCUGUCUGGGCGUGGAUACCAAUAAACCGUACGUACUCACCUUGAAGAUUGUCCCCGUGGAUCCGUAUCGUUUCCUCGCUUUUCUGACGGGCGCUUGUCUGCUGUUCUUUGCGCGACGAAUGAGUCGUAAUACAUUUUUCCAUUAUUCCUCCGGGAUCAGUAUUGCGCUGGUAGGUUCAUUGUUGCUGGGUGUUUUAAUCAGCCGAAUGAUUCCGCGGAAAGCGGCGGGGAUCUCGUUUCUGGUCGGCGGUUGGGCGGUGGUGAUUUAUUUUCUCCAGACUUUGUGGAAGAAUUUUCGGGAGACCAUUUACGAUCAUCGCAAUUAUGUCGUGGCGUAUAUUAUCAUCGUCUCGACCAUCACCUUCAUGCUGAUUUAUCGCUUCGGCGGGAUUCGCAAUCCGAAGACGAUGGAUAUUCUGCAGUGGACGCUGCAGAUUGUGGGCGCGCUGAUUAUGUACUUCAGCGUGACGAUUGAGCCGAUCGGUAUCGCGUUGAUUUGCGCUGCCGCCGCGUUUGAUAUGAUCAUCCAUAGUGGGUAUAAUUUCCGGCGAUUUAAAAUUAUUAAUAAACUCUUCCCGCCUCGACCGCGCAAACUGCUGUCACCCGAUGAGUUCGAAGAGGUGGGACGACGGGAGACAGCCAAAGAAUUGAAGAAGCUGCGGGAGUAUGCCAAUAGUCCCGAGUAUGAGGUGGACACGUAUGAGCGGGAAGUGUCGUUCAGUGGAUUUGACGAUGAAGACGAACCACCGGCGUCGGCGCCCGUGCAGCCGCGCUUCUCCUCAUCGGCCAGCUCGCAUUGGCGAUCACAUCGGAAUAGUCCAUCACACCAUCGGAAUAGUCCGCUGCGAUCGGCGCACUCAUCGCCGUGGAAUCGACAUGGGAGUCAGAACGGGAAUGGAGUGGAUGAUCUGAUGGAUUAUGAGUAGCACUAGUGUGCCGUAACGGUUGUUGCAUUUUAAGUUACGCAAUUGUGAUAAUGUACUAUUUCGGCAAAACUUUUUCUCAGUAUUCUCUUUAAAUGUUCCCCGCAAAUGCGCAGACGAAAUUGAACCCGUCUUGGAAUAUUCGUGUUGUUUUUAUUAUGUUAGAGGGCAGUUCGAAAUCGUAGCACACUUUUUCGCUGUUGAAUAGCUUUUGCCUUUAUUACCGUGUUGAUUAUUUUGCUGUAUUAUAUGACGAUGCGGACGAAAAGAACACAGAACAAG